AUGCUUAUGGACUUUAAUAAUAUGGGAGAGCUUAUGAGAAGAAUAAUGACACAUUCGUUGAUUGAUCCAGAGGUUUAUAAAAGACUUGUUAAAUCGCCAUUUCCAAAAAAUAAGUUUGGUCAAUAUAUGAUUCAAAGUAGUCGAAAAUAUGAAGAAGCUAUAAAAAUGUUCCCAUGUUUGUUAAAGUUGGGGAAAAUAAUUCUUGGUCCACAAUAUUGUCUCGAAAUAGAAAACGAAUCAUGGGCAUCAUUAUUUUUUGUGGGCAAAGCUUUAUGUCUUGAAUUGGGAUCAUCAUUAGUUGCGUUACAUGAUCAAAAUUUAGUCGAAAGUUCAUCACGAGGAUCUAAAGCCAGAAUAACGGUCUCAUUAGCUGACAGAAUUGCCAUCAAUUUACUUCCUUUCUAUAACUGGAUGACCAUAGUUAAUGAGAAACAUGAAAUUGCUUUCGAUUUAUAUACAAAGACCAAUGAAAAAAUUACUUUGGGUGAGAAUUUAAAAAUCUCAUCAACAUUCGACAAAAAUUUGUUUAAAGAAAUUAACAGAAACAGUAAUGGAAGCAGAAUUUAUGGUCAAGCAAUGAAGACAGGUAAAAGUCAAGUUUCAGGGAGAUUUGAGAAUCUUAAAGUAAAUGCAGAAAUUGAGAUAUUAUCAGGAAUUAAUUUAACACCAAAACUUGUCUUUCUUCCGUUUGACAAAAUCAAUUAUGCAAAACAAAACAUUCAAUUCAAAGCGACAGGCGGUGAUGGAAUUUUUCAUUUCUCAUCUUCACAUCCUCAUUUAUUAACAAUUUCUCAUGAGGGAUAUGCUGAAUCGCAGUUGGAACAUUCUGAUAAAAACAUGUUUGAAGUUGAUGUGAAAGCUUCUUUGACAAGAAAUGCAGAUAUUCAUCAAAGAGCAAAAGUAAUAUUUCUGACACCAUUGAAGCUUCAAAUUGUUGGCUACCAGGUUGAAACGCCACUCAAUCAAUACAUUGAUGUUCACAUUGGAUUAUUUGCACUUUAUAAAAACAAAUAUGAGCCGUACCUGUCAUGUUCUAACAUAAAUUUUGAUGUUGAAUUUGCAAAAGAAAUCUUCAAAAUUGACACUGUCAACGAUUCAAAUGAAAUAGAUGAAAUUAAAAGAAUCAACAAUGCGUGCAAAGUGAUAAAAUUAAAGGCCAUUCAAAUAGUUGCAGAAAUUAAAUCAGAAUUUCAAGAAGAGAGAUUUGCUUACAAUAUUCUUUGUCGAAAAGUUGGUGAUUCACAACUAACUCUUGAAGUGUUCAAUCAAAUCAAUGAAGAAAGCUUUCUUAAAAACUCGAUUAUCAUGGAAACGAAUGUUUAUUGCGUAAAGCCUCGUUUCAUUAAUCUUUUAUCGAAGAAUCAAUUGAAAUCAUCAUGUCCAAUCGAUAGGAAAAGUUUACUUCUUCAUUUGCCAUCUGAAGAAGAUGACCUUGAGAUUGAAAUUGAAGUUUUAGAUGAACGUAAAAGAAAACUGCAGAACAUAACAAGUCUUGUUAUUGAUGUUGUGUUCUUAGAUCUGAAAGAAAAUCGAAAUGAAAUCAAAUACAGUCGAGAAAGUGACACAUUUUCAAUCGAUAAAAUUCCAAUACCGAAAGGAGACUUCAUAAGAAAGAAGCAUGAAGUGAAUGACAUCAACAUGAAUUAUAAAAUUAAAAUCAAAGUAAGUGGAUACGAUGUCAAAGUUUUAAAACAAUUCUCGAUUGAACCGGAAGUUCCUGUUUUUGGUGAGAAGAAAGUUGGUAGUUCGAAUGUUGUAACGACACCAUUAAUUGAAAACGAGCUUGACUUGAUAUCCUUCGAUUCUUCAUUACUUCAGAUUUCAUCGAUCUCUUUAAUUCUGUUGGGCACAGAAUUAACACAAAUUGUUGGAAUUGCACAUGGAAUUCAGUCAAACAUUGUUUUGUUGCCGAAGAAAAUUGGAACAACAAUUCUUGAGAUUAGUGACAAGUGUUUAGCAACGGAAUCAUCAAAACUUCAUGUUUCGAUUGUUUCAAUUGGUCGUGUCGAACUUUCCAGUCCUAAUCGAGUUGAAAGUUUAAAAACUAUCGAAGCUAUCGUUAAAAUAUUUGAUUCAAAUAAUGAAUUGAUUAAUGUUGACGUCUCGAAGCUCCAAGCUUACAAACUCAGUGAAAAAAUAUCAAAUGAGAAAGUUUUAAAUGUGAAGCUUGGACAUCAAAAUAACUUAAGACGUGGUGAAAUUCGCUACAUUGUUAGAGGACUUGAUGUUGGUGAAUCAAAUGUCAUCGUGAGUUCUGAUGCAAUUUCAAGUUCGCCAGUAAAUAUUCAAGUUUUCUCACCACUUAAACUCAUGCCUAAAAAUGCGACAAUUCUUGUUGGAUCUAAUUUAGAAAUAACAAUAAUUGGUGGACCAAAACCACAACAAAAUAUCAUUUAUGAGAUCACAAACAAUGAUGUGCUUGCAAUUGAUGGAUCAAUAGUUGAAGGAAUAAAAGUUGGCAAGAUGACAGUGACUGGAAGAAGUACAGAAAUAAAUCCAUCAGAUGGAAGUUUGAUAAUAUCUUCCGAAGAUAAAAUUGAGAUAACUGUCGUGACACUUAACAAAAUCAACAUUCACACACCACUUAAACGACUCAAGUCAGGUAACAUUGCACCAUUAACAUUAUGGGCUGAACCUGAAGUAUCUCCAAUGGUUCUUGGAACACUCAAACAUCUCAAGAUCAAAUGGACAGCAAAUGCACCAGACAUUCUUGAAAUUAAAGAUGUGUUUGAUGAUUUAGGAGUUCAAUAUGGUGAGAGUGAUGCAAUAGCAAUGCGUGUACGUGGAUUGAAACAAGGAAAAUGUAAAAUAUCGGUGACAGUUCAUCAUGGAAGUACAAAAUUCAUCGCAUCGAUCGACAUGACAAUCUUCAGAUCGAUUGCUUUAGAAAUGCCGAAGAAAAUUAUUCAUGAUCCGAUAAUCAUCACGCCGAAGACAACAUUACAAUUGAAAGUUAAUCUUGAUGAUACGACAUUUGAAUUGAAUGAACAAGCUGAUAGAAGAAUUGUCGACGUGACACAAGACGGCGUUGUGAGAUCUUUGGAAAUGCUUGGAACAACACUCGUCGUUGCAAAUUGCAAUGAUCAGAAAUUAGACAUUCCCAUCGAUGUUAAAAAUAUUCAUUACUUAAUGGCGACAGUCAAUCCAACAACACAAUUACUUAAUGCUGGAAAACAACUUCCACGUGACUUGAGCUUUACAAUCUCGGUGACAUUGCAUGACAACAUUGGAAAUAAAUUUUCUCAUGGACUUGAAGACAUCAAAUGGAAAUUAUCAAAUCGUAACAUUGUUGAGAUCAAAACUGUUGAUAACUCGACACUUUCUGUUGGUCUUCUUCAACAAGGUUCGAAUAUGUUGGGAAUUUCACUUCGUGAUGGUUCAGGUAAUGAAUUGAUGGAAGAUUUCGUGAAACUUUCUGUUGGAACAUCAUUCGGAAUAUUCAAUAGAACACUCAUUGUCACAACUGGCGAUAUAAUUUGUUUCGAAUCGAAUUUCGUAAAUGAAUUUCCAUGGCAAAGUUCCAAUUCUGAUAUUAUCACAAUUCAUGAUUCAGUUGCUCGUGUUCUAAAUCCAUCAACGACAUCAAUCACAUCAUCAAAAGUCACCAUCAGGAACAGUGCAAGUGACAUUUUUAGUAUCAAAUAUGAACUUGAUUUUCGUAAUCCCGACCAAAUAAACUUCCAAAAACCUUUUGACAUUUUCAAUGGUGAAAGAUAUUUUGGAUAUUUCACAAUCAAUAACCAUCAUCAGAUUGGAAAAAGUGUCAAUAUGAUUGCAAAUAACCAUUCACAUUGUAAGUCACUUAAUGAGAAAUUUGUUAUUGAUUUCGUUAGUUGUAAAUUGUCAUCGUCAUCUUCGGGCUAUCAACAAGAUGAGGAAAUUUUAUCCUUAAAAAAAUUAUUUGAAGUCCAAGCAAUUUUUGAUAAAAAUGUUGGAUCAUAUGGAUGUGAGAUCAAAGCAUUAGUGACCAUGGAUGAGAUCACGAACAUUGUACGAACAAAAUUUUCAACACUUCAAUUGGAAGUUAAUCUCAAAAACAACAUGGGAAUUUAUGAUAAAAUUGAUUUGAAAUUGUCGCCUGCUAUUCAAAUUUAUCCACGAAAUUUACCAACUGAAAAAUUGAAUCAUCAAGAAAUUUUAAUUACUGGAAUGGAAAAUAUUCUUCAGAAGGUGACAGUAACGAGUUCACAUCCUGAUCAACUUAUGUUGCAACCGAUAUUGAGAUCUAUUGGCAAGAUACAAUUCAAGCCAAAAUUAUUAAAUUCUGAUUUAAACGAUGCUGAAGUGUUCAUUAAAGUUGAAUCACCGUUGACACAUCAAACUGUUCUUAUUCCUUUGCUGCCACCAACACGAGAUGACAAUUUUAAAAAAACAGAUUCAUUUAUCACCGAUAUCAUGUCAAACAUCGGAGGUACGAGACGACAGAAAAAAAAGCUUAAUUAUCCUUGUAUCAUCAUGACAGUGUCACUGCGUACUGUUGCAACAACACCUUUUGAUGGACAAAAGCCUGGAACUAGUGGACUUCGUAAGAAGGUCAAAGUUUUUACCGAAAAAAACUACACCGAAAACUUCGUGCAAUGCAUUCUUGAUUCGGUUGGCGAGAACAUCAUUCGUGGAUCAGUGCUAGUGGUUGGUGGCGAUGGGAGAUAUUUUCUGAAAGAAGCAAUUGACAUCAUCAUUCGUAUUUGUGCUGCUAAUGGGGUUGGCCGGCUAAUGAUCGGUCAAACUGGAAUUCUUUCCACCCCAGCCGUGUCAUCAUUGAUACGUGCCAAUAAAUGCAACGGUGGCAUAAUUUUGACAGCUUCCCACAAUCCUGGUGGUCCCGAAAAUGACUUUGGCAUUAAAUACAAUUGUGAAAAUGGUGGACCAGCUCCUGAUCAUUUGACUAAUAAGAUGUAUGAAUUGUCUAUGAAGAUAAAAGAAUACAAAAUUGCUGAUGGAAUUUCUGUCAACUUGGAAACGAUUGGCUCAAAUUCAUUCGAUGUUAAUGGAAAGCCUUUCAUCGUAGAUGUAAUCGAUUCUGUUGCUGAUUAUGUUUCGUUGAUGAAGACAAUCUUUAAUUUUGAUAAGUUAAAAGCUUUCGUUAGUGGAUCCAAAUUGUUGAAAAUGCGAAUUGAUUCAUUGAACGGAGUGACUGGUCCUUAUGUUCGUGAGAUUUUCUUAAAGCAACUCGGUGCUUCCGAGGAAAAUGUUGUUCAUACGAUUGCUUUGCCAGACUUUGGAGGUCUUCAUCCUGAUCCAAAUCUGACAUAUGCCAAAGAUUUAGUUGAUAACGUCACGUCAGGUGAUUAUGACAUUGGAGCUGCUUUUGAUGGCGAUGGCGAUAGGAACAUGAUUUUAGGAAGAAAAGGAUUCUUUGUCACUCCCAACGACUCACUAGCAGUCAUUGGUGAUUAUCUUGAAUGUAUCCCAUACUUCCAAAAGAAUGGAAUUCAAGGAUUUGCUCGAUCAAUGCCAACAGCUGGUGCAUUGGACUAUGUUGCUGCUGCUAAAAAUAAGGAACUGUUUGAAACACCUACAGGAUGGAAAUACUUUGGAAACCUCAUGGAUGCAAAUCGCCUUUGUCUUUGUGGUGAAGAAUCAUUUGGAACUGGAUCGAAUCAUAUUCGAGAAAAAGAUGGAAUUUGGGCUGUGCUUGCUUGGCUUUCUAUAAUGGAACAUGCGAAGAAAUCUAUUGAAGACAUUUGCAAGGAACAUUGGACAAAGUAUGGUCGAAAUUACUUCACCCGUUAUGAUUACGAGGAAUGUGAGUUGGCUCCAUGUAAUCAAAUGAUGAGUGACUUGGAAACUUUUAUCACGAAACCUGAAUUUGUUGGUCGUGAAUUUUCAGCAUGUGGAAGAUCUUAUAAAGUGAAGCUUGCUGAUAACUUCAGUUACAAAGACCCAAUCGAUGCUUCAGUGGCAACAAAGCAGGGGCUUCGAAUUAUUUUUGAAGAUGGAUCACGCAUUGUAAUACGACUGUCUGGAACUGGAAGUUCUGGGGCAACUGUUCGUUUAUAUAUUGAAGCUUAUGAACCCAAAGACGUCUUUGGAGAUGCUGCUGUAAUGCUCAAGCCACUCAUUGAAAUUGCUUUGAUCGUUUCAAACUUGAAGCAAUAUACUGGUCGUGACAAACCAACUGUUAUCACAUAAUUUAAUAAAUAAAGUGAAAUAUCUUAAAAAUGUCAUGAAAUUGUUAUGGAAAAAAUUAAAAAAAUAAAUAAA